AUGCAGUGUGCAAUAUCCGGUGAGGCACCGCAGGUGCCUGUCGUCUCGACCAAGAGCGGCAAUGUGUUCGAAAAACGCCUCAUCGAAGCUUAUAUCGCAGAGCACGGGAAAGACCCUGUAACAGGGGAGGAGCUAUCGACGGAUGAUCUGGUGGAAGUGAAGACAUCACGCAUCGUUCGACCGCGGCCCCCUACGCUCACGUCGAUCCCCUCGCUUCUCAGCGUCUUCCAAGAGGAAUGGGAUGCGCUGGCGUUGGAGACGUAUCAACUGCGACAGGCGCUUGCUCAGACGAGGCAGGAACUCAGUACAGCUCUGUACCAGCACGAUGCCGCGGUGCGAGUCAUUGCGAGACUGACCAAGGAGCGGGAUGAGGCUCGCGAUGCGCUCGCCAAGGUUUCUGUUGGGGCAGCUCGUGCACCCGCAGGUGCCGACACUAUGCAGGUUGAUAGCACGGGGCUUCCACAGGCUGUGGUUGCCAGAAUCGAAAGUACACAGGAGAAGCUCUCCAAGACGCGGAGCAAACGCCCAAUCCCGGAUGGCUGGGCUACCAGCGAAGCGAUUCAAGAGUACAAGCCCGCGCAGAGCACCGAAUCGUUGUAUCCAGGUGGGAAGUCGCUGGCUUUGGACCCAACUGGCGACCUCGUACUCGUUGGCGGCGUCGACGGUGUUGCUGGCGUGUACUCGCUAUCCAAACAGCAGGUUGUCCAAACCUUGAAGGCAGGUGGUCCAGUCACGGAUGCGGUUUGGGCUGGAAACAAGGCCAUCGUGGCUUCUGCCACGGGCGCUGUUAAGGUUUUCGAAAAUGGCACAGAAAUCGCCAACUUCACGUCGCAUGCUGGUGAAGUGACUGCUCUUGCUGUACACCCUUCUGGCGAUAUUAUCGGGUCUGUAGGUGUUGAUAAGAGCUAUGUGCUUUACGACCUCACUACGUCUUCACCUAUAACACAGAUUUUCAGCGAUUCCGGCCUGAUCUCUGCAAAGUUCCAUCCGGAUGGACACCUUUUUGCCGUGGGCGGCACGGACGGGCAGAUCAAGAUCUUCGAUGUCAAGUCGGGCGCUGCGGCGGCGAGCUUCCCUAUGUCUGCUCCGGUGACCUGUCUUGAAUUUUCCGAGAAUGGAUACUUCAUGGCUGCUGUUACGGAGAACUCUACGUCCAUUUCGGUGUGGGACUUGCGUAAAUCGAAGUUGCUCAAGGUCUUGGAGACGGGUACCAGGAUCAGCUCUCUGAACUGGGACUACACUGGCCAAUUCCUUCUGACUGGUGGACCUAACGGUCUGACCGUGCAGCAGUAUACCAAAUCCACCAAGGAAUGGUCGGAGCCGCUUCGCAGUGCUGUGCCUGCAGUUGCAGUGGCAUGGGGGGCGUCCGCCCAGAGCAUAUUGGCGCUCAAUGAGGAGGGUGUUAUCACGGUGUUGGCGUCACAAGCAUGA